UUUCAAUCGCAGCAGACCCUCCCAUGCUGACCCAGAGCCCGGUCCCGGCAAUCUGCCUUCAAGACGGUGUGGAUGUGAUGCUAGGCAUCGACGAAGCUGGCCGCGGCCCUGUCCUUGGCCCCAUGGUGUACGGCGCCGCCUAUUGGCGUGUGGAGGACGACGCGGUCAUGAGCAGCCAUGGUUUCGACGACUCGAAAGCCUUGACCCACGAGUCCAGACAGCGCCUCUUUGACAAAAUCAAGGGCACGACAGACAUGGGGUACGUCACGCGAACCAUCGACGCGACCGAGAUCUCGCACAACAUGUUAACUCGCAGCCGCAACUUGAACGAAAUGUCGCGGGAUGCCGCGAUUGAAAUGAUUGACGCCGUCCAACGCGCCGGCGUGAAUGUCACUCACGUGUACGUGGACACAGUGGGCGAUCCGAAUUGGUAUCGCAUGUUUCUCACCAAGCACUUCCACGGAAAGAUUGUGUUUGUCGUGGAAAAGAAGGCCGACAGUCUGUUUAAGGUCGUCAGCGCCGCCAGCAUUUGCGCCAAAGUCACACGGGAUGCAGUGGUCGCCGCGUGGAAGUACGAAACGCCAGGGCUCCAGCAUUUAGAUACAGAUUUCGGGUCGGGAUAUCCAAGUGACCCCAAGUGCAAGCGGUGGCUCAACGACGCGCUCGACCCUGUGUUUGGCUACCCCAACAUCGUCCGGUUCAGCUGGGGAACGCUCGAGAGCUACCACGACCGGCUCGUGGACGUGACGUGGCCACAUGACAAGGAAGACGCUCCAGUGGGCACGCAAUCGAUCGCGGCGUUUAUGACGUCAGGAACCAAGAAGCGGAAGCGCGCGGCGUACUUUGCACAAGCUAAUUUCGAGAUUGUUCAGGAGCUGUAAGAGUAGACAUGAUUGAGCAACAGCAGACGAUCCACCGACAACGCAAAACUUUCGUGGCCGCCAUCGUGCUGUCGCGAUUUCGCUCCACUCACAACCACGUCGUUCACCGUGCGGCUUUUCCUCUGCUGUGAAAGGCACCGAUACACAUCGAUGGAUCAUCUCGCUCUUAACGAAACAUCUCAAAACGGCGGAA